AUGGAAUUAAAGAUGGAGGUCGGAAAAGAGUGUUUUCCUAAACAAAGGCAAGUCCUGAUUCUCUUUCUCAUGUUGGGAGUGGCUCUGGCAGGCUGGAAAUCCCGACGCUAUUCCGUGAUGGAGGAAACAGAGAGUGGUUCGUUUGUGGCCAAUCUGGCCAAGGACCUGGGGCUGGGAGUUGGGGAGCUAGCCGCGCGGGGAGCCCGGGUGGUCUCUGAGGAUAACGAACCCCGCUUGCAGCUUGAUUUGCAUACCGGGGAAUUGAUACUGCAUGAGAAACUGGAUCGGGAGGAGAUGUGCGGCCCCACAGAUCCAUGUGUAAUGCAUUUCCAAGUGUUACUGAAAAAACCACUGGGAGUAUUUCGAGCAGAACUACUGGUGAGAGACAUAAAUGAUCAUUCUCCUGAGUUUCCUGAAAGAGAAAUGACUCUGAAAAUCUCAGAGACUAGCCCUCCUGGAACCGUGUUUCCACUGAAAAAAGCCCAGGACUUGGACGUGGGCAACAACAACAUCCAAAAUUACAGUAUCAGUUCCAACCCUCAUUUCCAUAUUUCUACCCGCACCCGGGGGGAUGGCAGGAAAUACCCAGAGCUGGUACUGGACAAAGAGCUGGAUCGCGAAAAGCAGGCCGAACUCAGCUUAACCCUCACAGCGCUGGAUGGCGGCUCUCCACCCCGGUCUGGCACCGCCCAGGUUCGCAUCUUGGUCUUAGACGUCAAUGACAAUGCCCCUGAAUUUGCACAGACACUCUACCAGGUGCAAGUUCCAGAGAACAGCCCUGUAGGCACGCUAGUAGUCAAGGUCUCUGCUAGAGAUUUAGACACUGGGACAAAUGGGGAAAUAUCAUACUCCUAUUUUUAUAGUUCCCAAGAAAUAAGCGCAACUUUUGAGCUAAACAACCUUUCAGGAGAAGUUCGCCUACUUAAAAAAUUAGAUUUUGAGACAAUAUCUUCAUAUGAGCUGGAAAUAGAUGCGACUGAUGGUGGGGGGCUUUCUGGAAGAUGUUCUGUCUCCAUUGAGGUGGCGGAUGUUAACGAUAACUUCCCAGAACUAACGAUUUCAUCACUCACCAGCCCCAUUCCUGAAAAUUCUCCAGAGACAGAAGUGGCCUUGUUUAGAAUUCGAGACCGAGACUCGGGGGACAACGGAAGGAUGACUUGUUCCAUCCAGGAUGAUCUUCCCUUCGUCCUGAAGCCAUCAGAAGAGAAUUUCUACACCCUGGUAACAAAUGGGGCGUUAGACAGAGAGACAAGACCCGAGUACAACAUCACCAUCACCGUCACCGACUUGGGGACCCCCAGGCUGAAAACGCAGCACAACAUAACCGUGACGGUCUCCGACGUCAACGACAACGCCCCCGCCUUCAGCCAAACCACCUACACCCUGCGCGUCCGCGAGAACAACAGCCCCGCCCUGCACAUCGGCCUAGUGGAGCUUUUGAUGGCGCAAUAUGCCAGUAUCUACUUGCCUUUGGAUGAUGACAUUGUGCUUAUUGUUAAGGGAUUUGAAAGAAAAUACAUUGUAUAUUACUAUUAG